CUCCCACCUUUCAGGAGGCUGGGGCCUGUGGCAGGGCCACCUCUGUUUAUAGCCUGUCCUGUGACGUGAAGGAGUCAUUUCGUCAGGAACUUCCUGUUACUGUGAGAGGGCUCGGAACUCACUAGUGUCCAGACUGGCUUUGUUCCUGCGUCUGUGUGGAGAGAGAACAGCCAAGGAGCCUUUUGGAAUUCGAGAACCUUUGCCGAAGCUCCCACAGAGAGAUUUACCUGCCUGAGGUAGAAGACCAUGUGGAGAUGGAGGACAGCUGGAGAGGCCUCCUUGCUGUGCUGGGCAUCCUGGCUGGGUUGACAGCUUUUGGAUCCAGUUAUCAAAUCAUAGAAGGUCCCAAGAAUGCGACAGUCCUGGUGGGCUCAGAGGCUCGCUUCAACUGCACCGUCUCUCAGGGCUGGAAGCUCAUCAUGUGGGCUCUCAAUGGCACAGUGGUUGUGAGCAUCACACCCAAUGGGCCCAUCAUCACCAAUGACCACUUUACCUCUGAGAGUUAUGAAGAGGGCGGUAACUUCAUCUCUGAGAUGAUAAUCCAUGACGUGCAAUUCAAUGAUUCCGGGCAAAUCAAAUGCAGCCUCCAGAACAGUGACCAAGGUGGAUUUGCUUUCCUUUCAGUCCAAGUUAUGGGAGCAUUGCGCAUUCCUAAUGAUAGUCUCAUAGUCAUUGAGGAUGAACCUUGUAAUGUUUCUUGUCGAGCCUUGGGCUGGACCCCACUCCCAGAUAUGUCUUGGGAGAUCAGUAUCCCUGCAAGACACUGGAGCUAUUUCUCCAUUCCGGAGCCUGGUGAUCUUCACAGUGCAGUGAGCAUCCUGUCUAUCACGCCACAGGGCAACGGGACUUUGACUUGUGUGGCUAACAUGAAGAGUCUGGAUGCCCACAGGUCUAUAACUGUAAACCUUACUGUGGUUCAGCCUCCCCUGGGUAGUACUGAUACACCAGGCACAUCAGGCAGUAUUGAUAAACCAGGUACAUCAUUGCCCACCUGGGCCAUAGUUCUGCUUGCAGUAUCACUUUCAUUGCUUUUGAUACUGAUCAUUGUUCUAAUUAUAAUAUUCUGCUGCUGUUGUGUCUCCGGGAGAGAGAAAAAAGAAUCUAGUUAUCAAAGUGAAAUAAGGAAAUCUGCAAAUAUGAAGACAAACAAAGACACUUCUGAAGCCAAGUUAAAAAAUGGAAAUGAAAACUAUGGAUACAGUGCAGAUGAACCAAAAACCAAACAAGUUGCUUCUUCUCCUCCCACGUCCUCUGAAUUCAGAGUUCCAGAACAACGUAGUAACAGCCGUCCUUAUCAGGAAUCUGCUCAACAGCGGCAAGGCCCAGCAAAGCAGCCCCGGGUUUCAUUUCCCAUGGCCAGUCCCAUGAAGAUCAGAAACGUAACUUUAGUAUAGUGAAAACUUCCUCUGGGCUGUACUUUGCACUUGGCCGACAAUUGACAACAUGACGAUGCCAUCGUUCCUCUCUGUCCUAAGACUAGGCUCCUGCAUUGUCGCCGUGACCUGAAGAAGGGAUGUUGGAGUCCUUGGCACUGAUAAUUUAUAGUGAGGGGAGGAAUCAAUUCUCCCACAUUCUCAAGUACAAUCUGACCUUUAGAAUGAUUCAAGUUUUAGUGAAUCCCAUAAAGUGACUAAGAAAAAGCUGUAAAUUCAUCAUAAUAAGGUUUCUCAUCAUUGCACACUCCUGUUUGCUAAUCUAACAAAUGGUAGAUAAGUCUAUUCUACCAUGACGUUUAAAAUAUUUUUAUCUUAAAUUGUAUUUAAAUGACAUUUAUGUAUGUUUAAUAGGGGGGAGCAUUAUUUCAUGUUAUCAGUGAAAAAGAGAAUAAAAAUAAGAACCAGUCCAAAGUCUGCAAUUGAUUGGCAAGUCAGAGUUUAAAAGUUUAAAAGACAAUAAAAUUCUAGUGAUUGUAUGCAUGAAGACACUUGUUUGUAUUUGCUACUUAGUCAGGCUUGUUCUAAUCUCCUCAAGGGAAUUAGAUGUGGAUUAUGCUUUGCAGGGACCUACUCACAUACUACAACAUCAGGAAAAAACUGGAAAUGGUCAUUGUGUUCUUUAAUAAAUAUAAAAUAAAAUGUUAACAAACCUG